AUGGUGUUGUUAUUUAUAUGUUCUCAAGCUCUGCAACAAAACAAAAAACCGACUUAUUUGAUAAGACCAUUUACAAGAAUCACCAUUCAAAAUAAUAAUGAAUAUCUUCUGGGAGUCCAUUGCAAAUCAAAAGACGACGAUAUAGGUUUUCGUAGUCUUCAAAAGGGUGAAAUAUAUAGUUAGUUUCAUAUUAAUUUUUCGAAUAAUACACUCUUUUUCUGUGGAUUCAGCCAUGGACAAAUAAACAAGGGUGUUUUCGACCUUUACGUAGUUGAUAGAGAUUACAAGAGAUGCACAAAGUGUUUGUGGAAAGCAGAAAAGGAUGGGCUUUAUGGAAAUGGCGAGUUCCCAAACCUAGCUCUUGUGUUUUUUAAAUGGAUAAAGUAA